CGGGAUGUCACGAAAUAUUUGCCGCCCAGCCGAUCUGUCCAGCCCGCCAAAGCCACCAGUUUUCGUUGAUCUAUUAAAGUCCACGAGCUCGUGCUUCCUGUCUUUCAAUCUAGACAAGCUAUUUAUUCCUAACAAUUAACGGGAAUUGGCUUUGUGAGGCCUUUGACAUCCAGAGGAUCCGGGAGUUAUCAAAUUUUUGGCAUAAAUAGCGGUAUUUUUUGGUUGUUUUCGAAGAUUUGUUCGAUUCGAGGGUUCAUUUGGCCGAGAAAAUGGCUAAGGUGCAGCUAGCCAAUGUAGCAGUUCUCGACAAUCCGUCGCCUUUUCUCAAUCCCUUCCAAUUUGAGGUGACCUUCGAAUGCAUCGAGGAACUCAAAGAAGAUCUAGAGUGGAAGAUGAUCUACGUGGGUAGUGCGGAAUCUGAGGAGUUUGACCAGAUUUUAGAUACCAUCUACGUGGGACCUAUCCCCGAGGGACGACACAUGUUUGUUUUCCAGGCUGAUCCUCCCGACGUGAGUCGUAUCCCCGUGAACGACGCUCUAGGAGUAACAGUGGUCCUCUUAACGUGCUCCUACAGAGGAAACGAAUUUGUCCGAGUCGGUUACUUCAUCAAUAACGAGUACACAGACCCAGAAUUACGAGAGAAUCCCCCAACCCAGCCCCAAUUCGAUAAAGUCCAACGAAAUAUCCUAGGAGAUAAGCCCAGAGUAACGAGAUUCAAAAUUAACUGGGACGAUGGUACUGGCUCCACGACAAAUGGCGCUCAGGACAGCAUGGAGGAGCAGACAAUGGGUGAUAGUGCACAGGAGGCCUCAUCAUCGAAGCUAGGAUUUAGUGAAAAUACCCAAAACAGUAUGGAGGUCAUGUGAAAUAAAAUAAAUCACUGCUCUCGUCAUCUCCAGUGCAUUAGAUACUAUUCAAAUAUGAUUAUCUCGAUUAUCGAGGGACUGGAAAUAUUUCAAUUCCAUUUUCGUUCGUUUUUUCUCGUUUCAUUCAUCAGAAAGUGAAUUAGUGUUUCCUGGUGAUUACUAUUAAUUUCAAUUAUCCCAUUUUUUCGUUGUUUUUUUAGGAAAAUUUUCCCAUGAUGUUUUCGUAUAUUUUUGCCAGCGGUUUUUGAUACUGAUGUUCAUCAGCUCAUGAUUACUGGAAGUCCAGUGUAUGAAGUGAAUCUAACAAUAAAGUAUUUGUAUAUUUUUUA